AUGAUGAUGAACUCUGGGUUCUUCUAUGUGUCCUUCAUUGAAGAAUGUGGCGUCACCAGAGAGGUGGCCUCAUGGCCCACCAGCAUCCUGUCGAGCGUGUCACACUCAUCAGGUCUGCUGGUUUCGUGUGCUCAGCGGCACCUGUCCGUCUUCCAGAUCGGCCUUAUUGGCAGCGUCUUCCUGUGGGCCGGAAUCCUGGGAGCCGUAUUCGCUCCCAACAUGGCCUGGAUGACCCUGACGCUAGGCGCAAUCCAUGGUGUGGGCGUGGGCGUUGUCUGCGUGACGCUGGUCAUCGUAGUCAUGAUGUACUUCGACAAAUACCGCGGCAUAGCCAGCGGCAUAAAGUACACCGGGUACUCGCUGGCUUCACUGCUGUUUCCAAUGAUACUCACAUCGCUGAAGGAUGCCUACGGCUUCAGAGGAUCUAUGCUCGUGUACGCUGCAAUCACCAUGAAUGUGACAGCUCUGACACUGCUUUUGAAAGAGCCUCCAUGGGAAAUAAAUGAUCGGAACCGUAAGACCAAAACAUCUAAGGAAGAAAGAUCGUGA